GCCAAAUCAAAAGCAAAGUACAUAUUUUCUCAAUGAAUGAAAAUAGAAAGUGUUCACAGUGAUCAUUCUAUCCGCAGCUUACCAUGUCAGUCAGCAAGAGAUUGAGUAUCAUGGAUGCCCUCAAAUCACUUAUACAUAGUGGCAUAGAGGUUGACUCCUUGCAUUGGACUAGAUUUGCAUUUUUGUGCUGCUGUCUUCACAUCUUCCUUAUCGGUGUUUGUGAUCAUGAAAAGCUCACCCUCAAGGAAGCCUUCUCCCCUUACCUCAUCCCCUCGCUCAAUCAAGAUCUCAGAGAGCAUAUUGAGAAAGCGCUCAAUGUUGAUAUGGUUCAGUUAGCAGAUGAAUUUUCGGAGUAUCACCCAGGCCAGGGAUCUGUGGAUCAAGAAGAACGCUCCAGUGCCUACAAAAGCCUCAAUGAUCCCACCAGCCAUAAUGUGAGCUCCACUGCAGCCGCAGUCACCAACAAUCUGGUUGAUGAAGAGAACCGCCAGGCUGAUCCAACUGCAAUUGAAGAUCCCUUUACAGAUGUGGAUGCAAAUGGAAUCCCUGACAAGUCUUUUGAUACUCCUGAUUGUGUGACAUCUGGCUUUGGACUCAAUGGCAGCUUCAAACCAUGCAAUAAGCUGAAAUUUUGGAACUAUGUUGAUGCGAUGCUAGAGCAGCUUCACAAAAGUGCACAUAAGCAAUCAGGAGGUCAGGCUGCUGGGUACAAAGAUGCAUACCACAAGGCAAUGGUCAAGUUUCUCCAGCUUGAUCUGCAGGAGUUCCCUGGUUGCCACAAAGUUUUAUCUCUUACAAAAGGUUCACAGCCUGCAUGGCAGGAAACAAUUCAGAAGAAGUUGUUAUGGUAA